GAACGCAGCACUGCUAACAGGAAUUAGCUUAACGCUACUGUAAAACAUCAACACUGUAGCCAUAACGAUCAUGUCUUUUAAACGAGAAGGGGAUGACAAAAGUCAGCUCAAUAUCCUUAAGAAAAGGCGUGUGGCAGACCUUCUAUCUAAUUUCAUUCCAGAAGAUGAAGCUACUCUUUUGAAAAAUGGAAGAUACACUUGUCUUGUGUGCUCCUACCGUCCAGUGUUUGAUACAGUUGAUAUGCUGACAGUCCACAGACAAGGAAAGAAGCAUCUGGAAGGGUUAAAAGCAUUUUAUGGCAAAAAAGCAAAACUGAAGAAUGAAAUAACAAAAAGGCAACAUGACAACUACAUCCAGGCUGAAGACAUACAGGAUCCGUCUGGUUCAGCCCCUUUACUGGAACAAACCCGGAAGCUCACUCGUCACGCUUUACUCAAGACCGUCCCAUAUAACAGCUGCCACAGAAAAACCAGCACAAAACCAGGAAGAAUACCAGCCGCUUCCGGAAACACGUGCAACAAAACGCAACCUGAAGGCUUGAAAAAUGAAGUUUCAGAUCAUUUACCAGCGAGCAGUUCUAGUGACUGUAAUACAGAGUCAUUACUGACAACGGGAUGGAAGACUGCAGCAACACCAGAUGCAGAACCUCUAACAGCCCAGAGGAAGAUGGAGCUGGAGCACUACCUCAAACUGAAAAGCGAUGGAUGGGUGCGAGACCUGAGCGGCCGUUGGGUUAAAGAUGAGAAUGUGGAGUUUGAUUCAGACGAGGAGGAGCCCGCUUCACUUUCCCCACCAUCUACAAAUCACUGAGAUGAUGUGAGGAAACUCACAAAACCUUGUACCACGAUGAUGUAACCAGAACUGUGUUAGCACUAUUUGUUAAACAGAUUAUAUCAUUUAUCAACUCUUUGUAAAGUUUUAAAGAUAUACAUCAAUACAUUUUUUUUAUAUUUAUUUCAUUUUAUCACUUAAAA